UUGGGGGCCGAUUGUUUCAACCUGGUCUUGUUUGGCUCUUCGAGAGUUGCUGGACAGGGUUUUCCUCCCCAGACUCCGCUUUUCCUGGUGGUCUGGGAAAGUUUAGAAUUCUUUAACAUUGUGAUGAUACUCUUAUGUGCUGAUCUUUUAUCGAUCGUUCUCAAGUCUUUUGAGGGUCCUGAAAAUGUGGCCCUAGGCUUGAGAUUCAAGGAGGUCUUGGCUAAAACGACAAGAUAUAAAUAAGAUUGUGACACAUACUAUUUGUUGAAAGUCAGAGAAAACCAGGAAUUUGCCCUUUUGUUGGAGGAACUUUAGAAGAACUUUUCAUUUUUGAAAGAUUGGGGAAAAUCCAAGGCAGAGUUAAAUUGCCCGGUGCGAUUUAACUUAAAACAAUACGAAGUAAUUUCUAAUAGGCCUGUAAAAGUUUGAUCACUUUGGGGAAUGUUCAACUUCUAGAAGUCACUGCCAUGAAAACAGCAAGAAUGUUUCCCACAAAUUUAGUCUUAAUGAAGACGGGCAGAUCAGUUAUAUCUGUUGUCUGGAGUUAGUAGUACAACUCUUGGUUUGAGUGAAUGGGAAGCUGGGACUACAGAGGAGUAUAAUAAGCCUUUUGUAAUUACAAACAUGCUCUGAUCUAGCUCUUAAAGUCACCCCUAAGACUCCCUUUUGCUCUGGGUUAAAAUAUCUGAGAAAAAGGGGUGGAAGAGAUGGAGAACUUGGUUACUCAAACUUAGUGAUUAAGAGGAAAUCAUUUGAAGUAUUAACGGGAACAUCCAUAGUAGUGUAAAAAUUUACACAAUGAAAUCUGAAGCCAAGGAUGGAGAGGAGGAGAGUCUACAAACAGCUUUCAAGAAAUUAAGAGUGGAUGCAUCAGGGUCCAUAGCAUCUCUGUCUGUUGGAGAAGGCACAAGUGUCAGAGCAUCGGUCAGAGCAGCAGCAGAUGAUACCAAACCUAAAACCACAUGUGCAUCUAAAGACAGUUGGCAUGGGUCUACAAGGAAGUCUUCACGAGGAGCAGUGAGAACCCAGCGUCGCCGGCGUUCUAAGUCUCCUGUCCUUCAUCCUCCAAAAUUUAUACAUUGCAGUACAAUAGCAUCUUCUUCCAGCAGCCAGCUCAAGCACAAAAGCCAGACUGACUCCCCUGAUGGCAGCAGUGGGCUGGGAAUUUCAGCACCUAAGGAGUUCAGUGGAGGAGAAAGCUGUGCUUCUCUUGAUGGUAACCACACAGGGGUAGUCAUUGAGCCUUUGAGAACUUCAGUUCCAAGGCUCCCAUCAGAGAGUAAGAAGGAAGACUCCUCUGACACUACCCAAGUCUCCCAAGCAAGUCUCAAGGGCAGUGAUCUCUCUGACUUUCAAUCUGUUUCCAAGCUAAACCAGGGCAAGCCAUGUGCAUGCAUAGGCAAGGAGUGCCAGUGUAAGAGAUGGCAUGAUAUGGAAGUGUAUUCCUUUUCAGGCCUGCAGAAUGUCCCUCCCUUGGGCCCAGAACGAAGAUCCACGCUUGAGGACUACUCUCAGUCGCUGCACACCAGAACUCUGUCUGGCUCUCCUCGCUCCUGCUCUGAGCAAGCUCGAGUCUAUGUGGAUGAUGUGACCAUUGAGGACCUAUCAGGCUACAUGGAGUAUUACUUGUAUAUUCCCAAGAAAAUGUCUCACAUGGCAGAAAUGAUGUACACCUGAUAGCAAGAAGCUAAUUUGUAUGCUAUAAACCAAUGAAGGGUUGUCAAAGAGAUUUAGUUAAUGACAGACCUUAUGGCCACUUCAUGUGAGAAGACAUCUCUUUCUGCUCACUGUGCUUGCAAUAAAAACUUUUCUUGGCAUAUCAGUUAAUCUUCGUUCUUUAAACUUAAUCUCUGAGUUCUUAAACACCCAUCAAGGCAAGCAGAUUGAAGAAAAAUUCCUCUCAUUUAGAAUUGUUCCUGGGGGAUGAAGAAAGCAUAGUUACUUGGGUAUAGGUAAAAGCCUUUGUAAAACAGUCCAUUUUUCAGAUCUGUUAAAGAUGUGGUAGCCAAGGAAAAUCAAAUGUAGUUUUGUAACUGGACUGAACAUUUGUCAUACUGUAGUUGCCAGCCAGAAUAUUAGAAGUUAUAAGACUGAUUUAAAUCAUCUCUGAUUUAACACAGGAUUUAUUGUGUCUUUAAAGGUUUCUUAUGUUAUUGUUAAGCCAGAGAUCUAAGGUUUAGAUUAAAUUUGAAUAAACUAGCUGGCCUGCUCUAUAUUGUUUGAGAGAGUCAUUAACCAUCACUAAAUAAACUCUGCUUGUGCUCUUUAUCCCAAAGCAUGUUACAUGGAGUUUCUCAAGAAGCAGCUUGCAAUGGGCUGCUUCAGAGGCAGGAGGUGUAAUAUAUGAAACUAGUGUGUGUCUUCUCUGGCAUUUUUAUAUACGGUAUGUUUCUUGCAAUCAGUUGUAAUCUCGGUCUCAUAAUCAGUUUUAAAUAUUCUAGAUGGUUAUUAUCUCUUUGAACUGCCUUAUCACCUCGGCAACCCCCAAAAAAAAUUUUGUACAUGCUGUAUCCUAUGUUUCUGGUCAAUUAUCCCAAAAUUCCCUCCAAAGUUUGAUUAAAAAAUCUGUCCUCA